GACUAAAGAAACAUAACUAAGUUGGUUAAACCGAAAGGCCUAAAAACUGUUAUCAUGGUAGAAUGCAGAAAAAAAAUCUCAAACUUUGUAUUGAUAUGCGCCCUCAUAAUCCACACAAUAAAUGGCGCAAACGACACCAUUAACCUUUCCGAAAGCAUUAGAGAUGGCGAAACACUGGUUUCAUCAGGUGGGAUGUUCGCGCUUGGAUUUUUCAGUCCAGGAACCUCUACCAACCGGUAUUUGGGCAUAUGGUACAACAAGAUACCAAAUCAGACAGUGGUUUGGGUUGCCAACAGAGAAGCUCCACUCACAAAUAAAACCGGCGUCUUAACAGUGACGGAGCCUGGAAUUUUGUCGCUUCUCAACGAAACCAACAGCUCAAUAUGGUCCACCAACAGAUCCCGAAGCGUGCAGAAUCCAAUUGCACGGCUGCUGGAUUCAGGGAAUCUUGUGGUGAAGGAUGCAGACGAUGAUGAUUACCUAUGGCAGAGCUUCGACUAUCCGUGCGACACGUUUCUCCCCGGCAUGAGCUUAGGAUGGAACUAUGCGAGCGGGGUGGAGAGCUACAUCUCUUCGUGGAGGAGCGAGAGCGACCCUGCCCCGGGGAGGUACUCAGUCCACAUCGAUCCCACUGGAUACCCGCAGUUGCUGACCAAGGAAGGUAGUACUCUUAAAAAAAGGAUGGGGCCGUGGAAUGGGGUUAGAUUGAGUGGUGGACCAAAUUUAAGCGGUGAUUCCGUGUAUAAUAUAUCGUUAGAGAUGAGUAAUGAUGUGGUCAAGUAUAGGGUAGAUACGCUUGAUCCAUCAGUUAUUUGGAGGUCUGUUCUGACAAACAAUGGCGAUUCAGGCCGCUGGAUUUGGAGCACUCAAGCCCACAUCUGGACUCCUUACACAAGAACAGUGUCAGAUUCAUGCGACAAAUACAAUUCUUGUGGUGCGAAUGGCUUUUGUGAUGGGAACUCGGCAUUUUGUCGAUGCCUAGAUAGGUUUGAGCCUAGAGAUAAACAGCGUUGGGGCAGAGCAGAGUGGUGGGGUGGGUGUGUUAGAAAGGCGGAUUUGAACUGUUCUAACGAUGUGUUUUUGAGUUAUCCAGAGAUUAAAUUGCCAGAUGCAAGAAACUCUACAAUCAGAGAUGAGAACAUUACGCUCCAAGAAUGUGAAGCAGAAUGCAAGAGGAACUGUUCUUGCACGGCGUAUACGCGGUUGGAUAUCAGAGGUGAGGGGAGAGGCUGCUUGUUUUACUAUGGGGAAUUGAUUGAUAUCAGAACAUUGUUUACAGGAGGGCAGAAUCUUUAUAUUAGAUUGGCUUCUUCAGAAUCUGUUGCAGGAGAAGUUUCAGACGAUAAUGGGAGGAACAAAGCAAUAAUCAUAGCGAGUUUGACAUCCAUAACGGGAAUGGUUCUUGUUUGCGCAAGCCUCUAUUUGAUUAUAAUGCGAAAGAGAAAGGAGGCGAUGGGGACACAAGAAGAGGCAUUUAGUGCAAAUCGUGUUAAAGAAGCAGAGAUUCCAUUCUUCAGCUUCUCAACAAUCUUGAAAGCUACUGAUCAUUUUUCUUCAAAGAACAAGCUCGGUGAAGGUGGAUGCGGACCUGUUUACAGAGGCAAGUUAGAAGACGGACAGGAAAUAGCAGUAAAACGUCUCUCAAAAACCUCAUCACAAGGAGUUGAUGAGCUCAAGAAUGAAGUAAUGUUGAUAGCCAAACUUCAGCAUCGCAAUCUCGUGAGGACGUUAGGGUUCUGUGCUGAAGGAGAGGAGAGCAUGUUGAUCUAUGAAUACAUGCCGAAUCAUAGCCUCGACUUUAUUUUAUUUGAUCAAACAAAGAGUAUGUCACUUGACUGGCGAAAACGGUUUCACAUUAUCAACGGAAUCGCAAAGGGGCUGUUGUAUCUCCAUCAAGAUUCGAGAUUAAGAAUCAUCCAUCGCGACCUCAAAGCUAGCAACAUUCUGCUCGAUGCAGACAUGAAUCCAAAGAUAUCAGACUUCGGAUUAGCGAGGAGUUUCGGAGGGAACGAAACAGAAGCUCGAACGCGCAGAGUUGUGGGAACAUAUGGAUACAUGUCUCCAGAAUACGCGGCAGACGGGCUGUUCUCAGUCAAAUCCGACGUGUUCAGCUUCGGUGUGCUGGUGCUAGAAAUUGUGAGCGGGAAGAGGAACAGAGGAUUCUUCGUCAAAGAUGAUAAUCUCAACCUUCUUGGACACGCGUGGAGGCAUUAUAAACAAGGCGACUCCAUCAAACUAGUGGAUCCGGCUCUAGGCGAGGCGUUUGAUGCGGCGCAGGUGGUGCGGUCAAUUAAUGUGGGGUUGUUGUGCGUGCAGAAUUAUGUUGAAGAUAGGCCAAACAUGUCUGCAGUAGUAUUUAUGUUGGGAAAUGAAGUUGCAUUACCUCAGGCUAAGCAGCCUGGUUUCAUGGCAGAGAGAGAUGUUUUAGCUUAUCGCAGAUUUAGUAGCUCAAAUGCAGCAAACUCACUUAAUCAUAUUACAAUUACUAUGGCAGAGGGUAGGUAGAUAGGGGAAAUUAGCUACACAAUGUGUAAUACACAUUGCCGUUAGGAUCCUUACACGUGUAUUGUUAAUAAAGUGACUUUUGGUUUGGUUUUGCUCGACCGGUUCGAGUUGCAAUUGUCAAAUACCACCCAACCCAUUUUGUCAAAUACCACUUCUCCCCCAGGAUACUUACACGUGUCCCUAUAAAUUGUGUAGCCUUUUCUUUGUAUUUUUGAAUUCUGAUUUUUAGAUGUUUCCUCCCAG